AUGAUUGAAAAGGUGUUCAUCGUCAGGAGAGUGAUCGAAAUCUGGCAGCGGUAUUCGAAGCCAAUGCAGUUAGCGUUUCUGGACUUUGAAGCCGCGUUCGACUCUCCUCACCGAUGCCGUCUUCUCAACGCGCUCCGCGCCGAUGGAGUACCAGGAAAAUUCGUUCGCUUGCUUGAUGACAUGAAUCAAAGAACAACUGCUGCAGUUCGAACACCAGUUGGAUGUACAACACCGUUUGAAGUGGUAACUGGAGUAAGACAAGGGGCGGUGGUAGGACCCUUCCUGUUCAAAUUCGCCAUCGACAACAUUAUGCGAAGAACAGUCGACCAGUGUCCUGCCGACAUUGUCUUAGCACCACCAGGGUGCCUCUUGACUGACCUCGAGUACGCUGACUAUGUUGUUAUAUUCGCGGAAAGCAGUACGAAACUUCAACAUGUUGUCAUUCUUGUAUCGAAGCUGGCUGCAGCCUAUGGACUACGUCUACGCCCUGAUAAAUGGAAGCAGAUGUGGGUCUCUUAG